AUGGAGGAUCGUCUUGUGUUGCAAUUACCACCGUCGUUGGCUUCGCGGCUGGACCGGGUGCUGCGAGAAGAGCUCGCCGGCGCCACUGACGUCGCUAUGGAGCUCUUAUUUCAAGGUAGGUCGCACUUCCCCUUCCCCAAAGGUCGCACUUCCCCUUCCCCCCAGGUCGCACUUCCCCUUCCCCUCGCUUCGCACCUUCUCUUUCCCCCAGGUCGCACCUGUCCUUUCGCCCAGGUCAUACCUCCCCUUUCCCCCAGGUCGCACUUCCCCUCCCCCCAGGUCGCACUCCCCGUUCCCCUUCACAGAAUAUCCCUCUCACUCCCUCACAAUGCACUACCCUUCCCUUCCCUUCGCUUCCAUUCCCCUCCAAUCCCUUCUAUUCCCCCCACUUCCCUCUCCUUCCCUUCCCUUCUUUCGUCCUCCCUGCACUUCCCUUCCCCUAUCCUCCCUUCCCUUUCCUUCCCUUCUUUUGUCCUCCCUGCACUUCCCUUCCUCUCUCCUCCCUUCCCUUCCCUUCCGUUCCCUUCCAUUCCCUUCCAUUCGCGUCUAUUCACCUCCCUGCCUCCCCUUUUUUCUCCCUGCCUCCCCAUCUCUCCUCCCUGCAUCACCAUGGUGCAGCAGCAGGCGCAAGAGCACAUAGAGGAGCUGUGGCACUAA